GCCGCGGGGCCCGACGGGGUCCACCGGCUGAGCCCGCCCGCCCGCCGCCCGCCGCCCGCCGUGCAGGACCCCAGCCCCGCGCCAUGACGGCCGCUGCCGCCUCCAACUGGGGGCUCAUCACCAACAUCGUCAACAGCAUCGUGGGGGUCAGCGUCCUCACCAUGCCCUUCUGCUUCAAGCAGUGUGGCAUCGUCCUGGGCGCCCUGCUGCUGGCCUUCUGCGCCUGGAUGACGCAUGAGUCGUGCAUGUUCCUGGUGAAGGCUGCCAGCCUCAGCAAGCGCAGGACCUACGCCGGCCUGGCAUUGCACGCGCACGGGAAGGCAGGGAAGAUGCUCGUGGAGACCAGCAUGAUCGGGCUGAUGCUGGGCACCUGUAUUGCCUUCUAUGUCGUCAUCGGCGACCUGGGCUCCAGCUUCUUUGCUCGACUGUUUGGGUUCCAGGUGACGGGCACCUUCCGCGUGCUGCUGCUAUUCGCCGUCUCGCUGUGCAUUGUGCUGCCUCUCAGCCUGCAGAGGAACGUCAUGGCCUCCGUCCAGUCCUUCAGCGCCAUGGCCCUCAUCUUCUACGCCAUCUUCAUGGGUGUGAUGGUUCUGUCCUCGUUCAAGCACGGCCUCUUUGGCGGGCAGUGGCUGCAGCGCGUCAGCUAUGUGCGCUGGGAAGGCGUCUUCCGCUGUAUCCCCAUCUUUGGCAUGUCUUUCGCCUGUCAGUCCCAGGUCCUGCCCACCUACGACAGCCUGGACGAGCCGUCGGUGAAGACCAUGAGCUCCAUAUUCGCCUCCUCCCUCAAUGUGGUCACCACCUUCUAUGUCCUGGUGGGCUUCUUCGGUUACGUCAGCUUCACGGAGGCCACGGCUGGCAACGUGCUGCUGCACUUCCCCUCCAACCUGGUGACAGAGAUGAUCCGAGUGGGCUUCGUGAUGUCCGUGGCUGUGGGCUUCCCCAUGAUGAUCCUGCCCUGCAGGCAGGCGCUCAACACGCUGCUGUUCGAGCAGCAGCAGAAGGACGGCACUUUUGCGGCUGGAGGCUACAUGCCACCCCUGCGGUUCAAGGCGCUGACUCUCUCGGUGGUGUUUGGGACCAUGCUCGGCGGCAUCAUGAUCCCCAACGUGGAGACUGUGCUGGGCCUCACGGGUGCCACCAUGGGAAGCCUCAUCUGCUUCAUCUGCCCAGCUCUGAUCCACAGGAAGAUCCACAAGAACGCAUUCUCCUCGCAGGUGGUGCUGUGGGUCGGCCUGGGCGUCCUGGUGGUCAGCACGCUCACCACUCUGUCUGUGAGCGAGGAGGCGCCUGUGGACUUGGCGGGGGCAGCUGCGGAUGAUCCGCUGGGAGGGGCUGCCGGCGGCAUGAAGGCCAAGGAGGACGGGGCCCGGCUGGCAGUCCAGGACCCCGUCAUCGACGGGGCUGUGGGCGAGGAUGGCCGGCAGAAGCCAAAGCUGCCCGAGGGGCGAGGGGAGCCGGAGCAGGCCCAGAUCAAGGGUCCCGUGGACGUGCCCGAUGGAGUGGACACCAAGGAGAGGCUGGAAGCCGCCCAGCUGGACCGCCCGGAGCAGGGUGUCGCUGUGCCUUUGGGUGAGGCCCACCGCCACGAGCCACCUGUCCCUCACGACAAGGUGGUAGUGGACACCGGGGAAGAUCAGGAAGGACCCGAGGGGAACAAGGUGCCCUCCCAGCUCAUGGGGGCGCGGGCUGUGGCCCCAGAGCAGCAGCAGCAGCAGGAGCCUGAGGUGCCAGCGGCCAGGGAGGAAGUGGGCCAUGUCCUGGAAGGUCCCCAGAAGGUUCCAGAAGCAAAUAAUCAGCCCGCUGUCCAGCCUGUGAAGGAGGACCCGGGGCACCGAGCAGCAGCCUCUGAGGAGCAGGCUUUGGCAGCAAGAGCAGGGGCCAAGGCAGAGGCUGUUGCCGCCCGAAGCCUGCGGGAGCCUGCAGACAGCGACCCUGGUGUGCCUGCCGAAGGACCAGCACCCGGACAGCAGGCCGACGUGGACGGGGACCAUGCGGGCAGCAAGCUGGAGGCUGAAAUUAAAAAGAUCGUGGCAGAUGCAGGCCGGGCUGAGAUGCUGGACCACGCCGUGCUGCUGCAGGUCAUCAAAGAGCAGCAGGUGCAGCAGAAGCGGCUGCUGGACCAGCAGGAGAAGCUGCUGGCUGUCAUAGAGGAGCAGCACAAGGAGAUGCACCAGCAGAGGCGGGGCGAUGAGGAGGCGGACACGCAGGCUGAACCUGGGGCUGCCGUGCCCACAAGCCAGGAGGAGGCCCCUGCAGGCCAGGCGGGAGAGACUGCGGAACAGCUCCCUUCACAGCCCGCUGUACCCGGGGAGCCGGAGCACAAGGGGCCCAUCAGCAGAGAGCAGGCAGGCGCCCCCGACGCAGGGCCCCAGGCAGCCCAGGCCAGGCCUCUAGAAGGCUGGAAGGAUGCGGGGGCUGGCGCUGUGCAAGAGCAGCACGUGCUGGGGCCAGACCCUGCUGGGCCCCAGGGCCUGCCUGCGCAGAGCCAAGACAUCGCGGGUGGCCGGUCCCCGGAGAGGAAGAGGUCUGGGAAAGAGGCAGCCAGGCCCGCGGCCAGGGCAGAGGGGGACCGCAGGGGCCCGCUCGAGCAGGCCAGGCCGACUGGCCCAGCCCUGGUGCCUGGAGUGCGCCCGUCCAGCAGGUCGGAGGCUGCGGCUCCUCGGCCCCAGGCCGCACUGGGCCAGCCAGAGCAGCCGCCUGUGGCCCAGGUCAGACAGGAGGACCAGCAGCCGGGCCAGGGCGGUGCCCAGGAGGUGCCCGGUGGGGGUCACGCCCCCGCCCAAGAGCAGGCCAGGGCCAAGGAGGUCACUGCUGCCCAGGACUCUAAGCUGAGACUGGAGCCCGAGGACAAGCAGCCUGCCAACACCAGGGCCAACCAGGACCUGAAAGCACAGGCUGGCGUUGACCUGCGCAGAAGGCGGGACCUGGGCCGCGGGGAGCCGGCUGCCAGGGACGGAGUCGUGGUCAGCUUCCACGCCCUGCCCGAUGUCCGGGGCGACGACUUACACGGCGCCCUGGACACUCAGCUCCGCCAGGCCGCGGGGGCGUCGCUGCACGUGGUGCAGGGCAGGCAGCUCAGCCAGUGGCCCCGGGCCCCGGAGGAGGAGGCCUGA